AUGACACCUGCGCCUCCUAACGAUCCUUACAUCGCGGCGUCGUUUUCAGAGGUCAACCGCAUCGCAAAACGCACGUGGACCUCAACAGUACGGGAACAGCGAGCCGCAAUAAUGAGAGGAUUCAUCGAGUUUACUGCGCAGAACAAUUUACAGAUUCAGGAAGAAGAUAUUCCGUUAUUUAUCAUAAGUUUGAAAUUUCAAAAAGAACAGCGCUUUACAAUAUACGCGAACAGCAACGGCCGCCAUGAUGGCGCCAAGGGGAACGCCAACUCAAAUGUUUCUGGCGGGCUGGAAAAGCCAACGGCCGCAGGCACCACAUAA